GGAGUUUACGUAAAAUCAUGAUGGCGGCGGCCAGUGCGAGAACGCUUAGUAAGGUCGCCCGGUUAGUUGUAGACACGGACACGCCGACACGCCGUGUAACAAACACCGCAGCAUUAGUGCCGAGAAUUUUUAUGAGAUGCCAAGGAAGAGCUUACGGUACCGGCGGAGCGGGAUUUAAAUCCAGAAUUCUGCUCGCUGCGCCGGUGCGUGGCAGUGGGAGAGUCCUGGGAUGCGCCUUCUUGCUCGGUGGUGGCUUCGGCUUGUAUCAGACCGUCAAACUCACGCUUCAGCAUCACCUCGCAGAAGAAAAAUCAAAAGCACCUGAGCUGGGGACAGAUCUGAAGUUGACUCUGUAUCAAUAUAAGACCUGUCCGUUUUGCAGCAAGGUGCGAGCCUUCCUGGAUUAUCAUGGUCUGCCAUAUGAAAUUGUGGAGGUCAAUCCCGUUAUGCGACAGGAGAUCAAGUGGUCCACUUACAGAAAAGUUCCCAUCCUGAUGGUGAACGGCACGGUGCAACUCAAUGAUUCUUCUGUAAUAAUUAGUGUUUUGAAGACAUACCUGGUCAGCAAGGAAAAAACAGUAUCUGAGAUUCUCACUUAUUAUCCUGAAAUGAAGGCGAAAAACGACAGUGGAAAAGAUGUGAUAGAGUUUGGCAACAAGUACUGGGUCAUGGUGAGAGACGCGGACGCUGAUCGUCUGUAUCCUGGAAAAGACACCAGAAAAGAGGAGAUUAAAUGGCGAAAAUGGACAGAUGAGUGGCUGGUGCACCUAAUUUCCCCAAAUGUUUACCGCACACCCACUGAAGCCCUUGCAUCCUUUGACUACAUAGUACGAGAAGGCAAAUUUGGCACCUUUGAGGGCUUCUUUGCUAAAUAUUUUGGCGCUGCUGCCAUGUGGAUCAUUUCAAAGAGAUUGAAAAACAGACACCAUAUGCAAGAUGAUGUGAGACAGGAUCUCUACAAGGCCGUCAAUGACUGGGUGGCAGCCAUUGGAAAAAACAAGAAGUUUAUGGGAGGCGAUCAACCCAACCUUGCAGAUCUGGCCGUGUUUGGUGUUCUGAGGGUCAUGGAGGGCCUUCAAGCAUUUGAUGAUAUGAUUGAACACACCAAGGUGAAGAAAUGGUACCAACGUAUGCAGAAGGCCACACAACGUGUGUCUUAAAUUCAAAGCUUCUGUCAUCGCUGCACCGACUUGAAGCACUUGAUACCACUGCACAACAUAAAAAAAACAAGCUUGAUGCCAUCUAAUGGUAAUCUACUGGUUUUGCAACUCUUAAAAGACUAAUUUUUGUCCAGUAAUUAAACUGGCUUCCAGCCUUCCUUUGCUUGGACUGUAAACACAGAGCUAAGAAUUUAAUUUGAAGAGAUAAUGCCCAGAAUACCGUAGAAUGCUGUUCACGUUUUUUUCCCUCUAUGAUUUGUUUUACUUCUAAGCUGGAUUUCUCUCAUAAUGUUUUCUUUUACUUUGUGAAGCAAAGUCAAAGUGCAACCUGAACCAAAUGCUAUUUAAAGUAAAAUAAUCUCAUAUUAUCUAUAGACAUUGUGAAUGGCUUUUAGAGGGAUUGUUAUGAAAUCAUCAAUUUUUUUUCAUCUCUGUGAACUAGUUUGAAGCUUGGUGAUUUAUAAUCUGGUGAUCUGGUCCAUUUUUCAACAAAUGACGGUUCAUUUUUACAAAUGACAGUGCUCUUUCUUGUUCUUUUGAAUUUCUGUUUUGCUCCUUUUGUAACACUGAUAUGUUGCCACUCAUCAUGUGGUAUUUAGGUUACCUAAGCAGAUGAGCUCAGCCCUGAUGGAUCGCCGUAGAUGCUUACGUCUACCUCAGUUUGGCUUACUGUUCUCUGUUCAUAAAUGUCCAUUCUGAGGUUGCAGUGACUAAAAUCUGUGGUUUACUGAAUGUUCAUAUAAAUGUGUUUCAACCUUGGGUUCUCAAGGGGUUUAACUUAUCUGAUCUUACUGAGUAAUGGUUAUGUGAAAGUUUUGGACAUUUGGAGUGUCCAGUUAAACAAGAACUUUUACCUAUGCAUCAUCUUUUGAAUCGACAAAAGUGAUAUUUGUCAGUGAAAUAAAAUAAAAAUCUCAAGCAGAA